GUUACGCAAUCGAGACAACCUGGGACACGGCGAAGCAUAACCUCUCUUUUCGGACGAGUUCUCUUCCUCCCGAGUCUCUACCCGUGCGUGUCUCUUUUUCCCGUCCGACUCGAAUUAUUUUUUGAAAAAUGACCGUCUCCGACCUGAAAUCUGACAAAGGAGUCAAGGAGUUCGACACUUUCAUCUCGGACAAAAGCUACGUCGAAGGGUAUGAAGCUUCACAGGCAGAUCUUGCUGUUUUCGCUCAAUUCAGCAAAGCGCCUCUCGAUAACACUCCACAUGCCAAGAGAUGGUACAACCACAUGAAAUCAUACUCCGAAGCAGAGAAAAAGAAUCUUCCUGGUCAAAACAAGCUUCCAUCUGGUUUUUCAUCUAGCGGAGCUGCUCCUGCUAAGGCAAAGGAUGACGACGAUGAUGAUGAUGUCGAUCUCUUUGGAUCUGACGAUGAAGAGGACGCAGAAGCAGCACGAGUUAGGGAAGAGAGACUGAAGGCUUAUAACGAGAAGAAAUCAAAGAAGCCGGCACUAAUCGCCAAAUCCAGCAUCGUCCUCGAAGUCAAGCCUUGGGACGAUGAAACCGACAUGAAAGAAAUGGAAAGGAACGUCAGGACAGUAGAGAAAGAAGGCCUCGUCUGGGGUGCAUCGAAACUCGUUCCAGUAGGUUAUGGGAUCAACAAACUACAAAUCAUGUGUGUCAUCGAGGACGAUAAAGUCUCAGUUGACGACUUAGUCGAGACAAUCCAGGAGUUUGAAGAUUUCGUUCAGUCUGUUGAUAUCGCAGCAUUCAACAAAAUCUAAGCUGCUUUUGAACUGAACCUAAUAUGAUAUUUGUUUAUUUUUGUGAUUAAUUAAAUAAUAAAAA